AUGGGUGGUUGGGGGCUCUGGGGCGUCCUCGCCUCAGGGUUCAGGGCGCUGGCACGGGUCUGUCUAGCUAGACGGCUACCGACCUCCUUUGUUCGGUAUGCCUCCGCGCAGAGAGAGGUUCUCUCCAAGGACAUUCUGCAGGCCGAGAAUGCCAUCGCAAAACAGCUCCUGGCUACCAAUGUCUGGAAACCUCAUAGGUCAAAGGCCCGCGCGACGGUAAAGGGGGAGAAGACGAGGAUUAACAUCACCGGCGACAAGCUCUGCAAGAACAUUGAGAAAUAUCUUGGCCCCUCGCUCCAGCGCCAUGUCGGCUGCGACCUCAUCGACCUCUUCCCCGGCGUCGGCGUCUGGAGUCGAAAACUCCGCGACCUCGUCCUGCCCCGAACCCACAUCCUGAUGGAACCCGACGAACCCCUCUACGCCCCCUUCCUCGAGCCCUUGACCAAGAAUCCCGGGACAACAAUCGUCCCCAAAUCCGGCCUCGUGUGGAAAGAUCUUCAUAAAGUCCUCGAGAGCCUCCCCCACCAGACUCGACUCGACCCGCACUCGCCUACUCCCCCGCCCCGAAACGAUACGCUCCUCGUGACGGUUAACCUGUGUUUCUUCCCACGGACACGCUCUGUCGCUCUUUACCUCUACCAACUACUCUCCGCCAUUCGAUCCGGCACGCUCUUCCAAGAAUAUGGCCUCGUGCGAAUGCUCAUAUGGGUUAGACCUGAAGAUAUACGGUCCACCAUCCUCCCGACGACAGUGCAGCUGCGCUCCCGGAGCGCCAUCGAAGCGGAACUAGCGUGCGAGUGGAUCAACGAAGUUGUGGGCAUUGAUAGCGAGGAUGCCGAUCUCCAGGCUGCCAUUUACCGUUCGAAGCGAUCGGGCGGACCGCGCGACCGUUCUAUCGAAUUGGAGAGCGCCUACCGGACGUGGCAGAGGCUUCGUGAGCAAGGCAUUACAAUUCCCAAGGGGCGAGAGACCGCACUCAUCAAGGAGGCGAAGAAGAUUAGGAGCAACUCGACUCUGCUGUCUACACGCGUCCAGUCUCCGAACGUCGCUUUACCCUAUGCCGAGGAGCUGGCAGAGCUUGAAGCUGCUUUGGAAGAGGGGGAAUUCGAGAAGGGGUCGACAGAAUACAAGAGACUACUUCGGCUCCGAUAUCGCCAAACGAACGAUACCAAGCAAGCGGGCUCCUACGUCGAUAUCCUACAGGAAUACGCGACGCUGGCCGACCUUUACAAGAGCGGGAUAGCCAGCCCAGAAGAGCUACUGGAGAAGGACCGGCUCUUGAACGAUAAGGUCGCCUCGCUCAACCCCCACAGUCUCUCUACCUUCCGUCUCAUCCGAGACAACCUCCAUCUAUUCCGUCAAAACCCCCCCGCGAUGCUCUGGGACAGACGCACUCUCGAACCCCUCACCGUCAAACCAGAAGAAUUCUUCCCCAACGUGGGCUGCUCCCUCCUCGACAUCCAACCCAAGGCCAUCAACCCCGUCCUCCGCGGUUCGGGAGAAGGCUCCAAGGUGUUCGACCUCCUCGUCAAGAUCAUGCUCCGCAACUCCACCGUCCCCGUGUCCGAGCGCAUCGACGACGUCUGGCCUGACGCGGCCGAGGGUAUCCUCCCCGGCUGCCCCAGCCUCCGCGAUCCUUCCAAGGGGGGAACCUUUGGAAGUGAGCAUGCGGAGCUGUGCGCUAGGGCCCUGAACGAGAGGCAGUGGGUUGAGAUGGUGGAGGCGUGGAUGAAGUGGCCGUUUAGGCCGAGGUAUGAAAGGCUGGAGAGGCAGCAUUCGGAGGUGGAGGAGGAUGAUGAUGAUUCGGGGGGUACGGCGGAGGGAGAGUUUGUGCUGUGA